ACCCAAUAAAAAAAAUAAAACAUGAGGUCAUAAAUUAAGAAAAUUACCACUUUCCCAGGUACCACUACACCACUAGUUAGUCUCAUAAUCUAUGAGAUUAAGAGCAUUAAAGGUGCAGUGUGUAAAUUUUAGUGGCAUCUAGUGGUGAGGUUGCGAUUUGCAACCAAUGGCUCAGUCCACUGCUGACCUCUUCCUUUUGAAACACAUAAGAGAAGCUACGCUAGUCGACACAGGUCAAACAUGUCAUCGUUGGAGACAACUUAUUAAAAAAGUUUGUCCGUUAAAGGCUUCUGUAGAAACAUGGCUGCACAAAAUGGCGGCUUCCAUGUAAGGGGACCCUCGGUGUAUGUAGAUAAAACGUCUCAUUCUUAGGUAAUAAAAACAUAACAGUUCAUAUAUGAAAGGUCUUUAUACACCCCUGAUAAUUUAGUUUUGUAUAUUAUUUUGCAUUUCUGUCAAGAGAUCCUUCUAAAAAUUACACACUGCACCUUUAAGGUUUGAUUUUACAUUAAAGAUAUCAAGGUUAUAAUUUUCACAGAAUGGUAUUUACAUUAUGUAGGAUGGCUUUAGAAAGUAGAUAACUAAAAAUGACUUUAGUUGUAUUUUCACAGACUGGGUCAAGCAUUUGGCGUAUUGAUUGAAUAUUUAAAUUAUAACUUUGUUCAUUUGUAUAUCUUCACAGGUAGAUGCUGAAGAAACCAUCUUAAAUGACACAAUCUUUUUUCUGACACAACUACUCUACUAUUCUGAUCCACUGUUGUAAUGAUGGAGUGUGUUAAAGAGGAGACUGAUCCUGAAUCAUUCACAAUAACACCUCAACAUACUCAACAACAAAGAGGUCUAAUGGAAAUGAAAGAGAAAGGUCAGCAACAAAAUGAAAUGAAGGAUGAACAUCAACACCACAAUUUCAUAAGUGAAGAAAAUUCUUUCAGUUGCUUACAGACUGAUGACGGUUCACCUCAAAGAAGAGAAGAAGCCAAAAUCUCUUUUGCCUGCAAUCUUAAUGGUGAGACUUUUUCAAGAAAAGGACCUUUAAAUGUGCACACAAAGUCUGACACAGAAGUAAUGCCAAACACCUGUUCUUAUUGUGGGAAGAGUUUCACAAAUAAAGCACAUUUAGAGAGUCACAUUCGCAUUCACACUGGAGAGAAACCUUACAAGUGCCCUCAGUGUGACAAGAGUUUUAAAUAUCGUGGACCACUAGAGAGUCACAUACGAGUUCACACUGGAGAAAAACCUUUCAGGUGCCCUCAGUGUGACAAGAGUUUUAAACAACGUGGAGCUCUUAAGCAUCACAUACGAAUUCAUACAGGUGAGAAGCCUUUCUCAUGCCAUCUUUGUGAUAAGAGUUUUACACAUAAACAAAAUCUCAGAUUUCAUGAGCUGGUUCACACGAAUGAGAGGCCGUUUAGCUGCGAUCAGUGCGAUAAGAAGUUUGUUAAGGCAGCUCUGCUAAAAGUGCACCUAAAGACUCAUUCAGAUGAGAGGCCGUAUUUGUGUUCAGUUUGUGGAAAGAGUUUUCUAACUUUAAAAAAAGUUCAAGAGCACCAGAUGAGGCACACGGGUAUCAACUGCUCUGUGUGUGGAAAUGUGUUUCUGGGACCCAAAGAGCUGAAGCAGCACCAGAAGAUUCAUACUGAAGAAAACCCCUAAAAGUGUUCACAUUGUGGAAAGAGUUUUAUAUACUGGAGAGAAGCUGCACCGCUGUCAUUCAUGUUGGAGAAGUUUCAGACGAUCACACAGCUGCAGACUCACAGAGAAAAGCGCUGUCUGUAAAGACUGAAGAAAGUCGUUAGGUCCAAACCGGGUGUGCCUCGUACAUCCUGAAAAGUUAAGCUGAUGGCUCUUUAAUCGCCCCUUGGUGACUGGCUCAGUACAAGUCAUAAACCCGGCACUCUUCAUACAAAUGAACCGGACUCGGAUAGAAAUAAAAAAAAUUUAUUACACUUCCAAUAAAAUGUUCUGAAAGAUGGUUUUGGUUCUUUAAGGUAGUUCUUUUUAUGAUAUAUGUUCAAUUGUUCAUUUUUGUAAUAAGUUUCAUUUUUGUGUGUCUUUAUGAUUGAUAUGUGUGAUUGACAGACUCUGAGCUUUGAGGGAAGAUUGAAGAUAUAACAAACUCUUAAUUUUUGAUUUCUGUGUUAUUUCACACCAUAAAAAUGAGUUGUAUUUAACUUACCUUAUUUUAGCAAGACAGUGAAAUGAGACAUUCAAGGGGCGUUGUUCAAUUGUAAGACAACAGUUCCUUUAAAUAUAAUUUUUGUCAUGUAAAGUUUUGAGAGAUAAUGUUUUUUUCCACUUUUAUUUAGCUUAUUAUUAGUGUGGUUCGGCGUGCUUGCCGCAUUUUAAGGAUAAUUUAUUUUAAUAUUGCUGUUUUUCCAGUAAUAAUAAUAAUUUGCAUGUCAAUCGUG